AUGGCAGUUGUGGUUACGGAUGAGACCCUCUACCACACAACUACUGACUUGAUUCUCCCAAGCCCACAAAAGUUCUACCUUACUCGAAUAUGUGCCGGACACCUUCAAUUGAGAUCGCUCAUUAGCUCACCACGACCAAAUAUAGUCUAUUAUCCAACCGGGAAAGAUGUGGUUGUUUUGAAUACAAAGUCACGAGAGAGUUACAUACUUACAACUCUGAAAUUUGAACCUCGUUGUCUUAUCGCCUCUAAAGAAUGGCUGUUUUGUGGUGGCCAGAAAGGUGACUACACAGCAAUACGGAUAGGAGAAAGAAAUAUAUCAGAAAACAACACAGCUUACAAUUCUGGGCCAGAUGCUCAUCUACCAUUAGAUUUAGAUCCAUCGCGGAGAACUACGUCAUCUUCACGAUCAGGCAAUGAUGUUCAAACAUUGGAAGAAAUCAACAGGACAAUAGGUGCUGAUAUUGUGAAUUGUAUAACAAUAUGGCAACCUUCUGAAACCCCUUCGGAGCGGACUUAUCAAGAGCCUGUUGCAAUCGCCUCAAAUAAUGAUCGCAGUGUUUCAAUUAUGAGAUUGGAUAACUCCGAGCUUCUGGACAUAUUGCUGCUGCCUGACUGUGUCAAUCGCUCUAUGAUGUCACCCGAUGGGGAAAUGUUAAUUAGUAUUUGCGAUGAUCCGUUUCUCUACGUUCAUAGACGGAAAUUACGAUUAAAAUCGGUGAAGAAUGAAUUAGAUAUAACUGGAUCUUACCACUGGUCCUACGAAGGGAAAGUCCAACUUGAAAAGCAAAACAAUGCAGAUAUUUCAGAACCAAGAGGCAGCUUCGCUGCGACAUUUUCGCCUUCCGGAAAAUAUCUAGCGGUCGCAACGCAAUUUGGUAUAAUAUCUGUUUUUAAAACAGAUAAAAUUUUUGAAUCUCCUAUAUGCAUUUUCACGUCUUCCAGGCCUAAUUUGGGCUGGGACAGCUGUAUCAGGGCCAUGGAGUUCUCCGGUGGUCCCUUUGAUUUGCUGGCCUGGACAGAAUCCAAGGGUCGCGUUGGGGUCGCUGACGUCAGAAACUUUUUUCAAACCAGACAGUCCUUGAAUCUGGAUCCAAAUUUUGGUGAAGUUGAGAUUGUGCUUGUGGUUAACAAACAUUUUGAUCUGCUAGAAAGUUCAAGGCGACGGCGUCCUGAUCCUUGCAGAAUAAUCGCUGCCCCAUUUAAUCGAGAAGAGCUUGACAUUCUUGAGGCGCAUCAGAAUGCUCGACAGCAAAGGGUUUCUAACUCAAGGCAAGGAAAUUUAUCUAUGAAUUCGGCAUGGCGUAGCUCAUCAGACUCUCAACGUCUAACAACUAUUCCAAACGUCGCAAGUAGUAAUAGCGCCGCGCGCAGCACUUCGCCCCGCCUUCCAGUCACUCUAAGGGAGUUUUUAAGUCAGGAUCACGCCCCUUCGUUUAGAACAUUUAUUAACGAAAGAAAUCGAGAGCAUGAUAGGCUGAAUCAGCAGGGGCAGGAUGUAGGAUCUAGAAGAAGGACAUACGCACAGACUUUGACUGAAUCCGACAAUUUAAAUGAACAAGAGAACUCCAGAAGCCUUGAUGACGGUGUGAAUAUACUUGAACGGCUGAGGCUCAUGGAAUCUCGUCGAUCUGAGUCCGAACCAGAAAACUUGUGGGCCCAAGCAAGAUCACGGUAUUUUCAACAACGACAUGCUGCAAAUGUCCUUAAUGAUCCGCUAUCACCUCCUCGUAUUGAGCUAGAAGAAGACGAUCAAGAGGAAUUUUUACAUAGACUGCGUCAACCCUGGCGUGGAAUAGAAGAACUCAAUGAAAUUGUUCUCGACGCUCAAGGGACUGUACCAGCUCCGAGAAACCGAUCGGGGAAUGGAAACGAUGGGUUUCAUCUUUCAACGACAGGCUGCUGCUGGAGUCAGGAUGGUAGAAUCUUAUAUGCGGGUACCGAGGACGGUAUUCACGAAUUCCACGUAAAUAUCGAGGGUCGUAAACGAUUUCCAAGCCUCGUAUUCUGUUAA